CGUAGUUUCCAAAAUCUGUUCUUGGUUGGUUUGCCUCCAUAAGCCAGUAUUAUUCAAGAAACCCAAUCGCCAUUUCUUCCGUUAACCACAACCUGUCUCUUACUCAUUAGACGUCUUCUGUGACAGAAUUCUUCAACCAGGAUGCAGGUUACGACUCUAAGGGCGAAUUUGCGUAAUCUUAUGCAGCGGUUUGUGCGGUCGCGUCUUGCAAUAUCGACUCAGAAUGGAAUUCGCAAGGCACGCUUCGUCACAGUGUCUGCCGACGGUGCAAUGGCUCCAGCUGCUGCAAUUGAAAAGCCAGUAUCUCCUUCAAAAGAAGAAACGGCGGCGAAGGCCGUUGCUAGCUCGACACGUCCCAUUUACAUGGACUUUCAAGCUACGACUCCAGUAGAUUUUCGCGUCCUUGACAAAAUGAUGCCUUACUUGACGGGUGUAUUUGGAAAUCCACACAGUAGAACACAUGCUUACGGCUGGGAAUCCGAAAAAGCCGUUGAACGAGCUCGGGCUCAAGUCGCCAGCGUGAUUAACGCGGAUCCAAAAGAAAUCAUCUUUACUUCAGGCGCUACGGAAUCGAACAAUAUGCUUAUCAAAGGUAUUGCAAGGUUUUACCGAAGCAAAAAGAAACAUAUCAUUACCGUUACAACGGAACACAAGUGUGUUUUAGACUCUGCCCGUGUCUUGCAGGAGCAAGGCUUCGAUGUAACGUAUCUUCCCGUUAAACAGAACGGUCUUAUCGAUCUGAAUGAACUGGAACAGGCUAUUCGGCCGGAUACCGCAUUGGUUUCGGUUAUGGCUGUCAACAAUGAAAUCGGUGUUAUUCAACCCUUGGAACAGAUCGGUAAGCUCUGCCGACGCAAGAAAGUGUUUUUCCAUUCCGACUGCGCACAAGCAUUUGGCAAGAUUGAUCUGGACGUGAACAAAAUGAACAUUGACUGCAUGUCUAUUUCUGCUCACAAAAUUUAUGCUCCCAAAGGAAUUGGUGCCGCCUACAUCCGCCGUCGUCCCCGUGUUCGCAUUGAGCCUUUGAUCAACGGCGGAGGCCAGGAGCGCGGUUUGCGCAGCGGCACGCUUUCUCCCCCUUUGGUCGUUGCGUUCGGUGAAGCUGCUCGCAUCUGCAAAGAAGAAAUGGCUUAUGAUCACGCCCACAUUUCCAGGCUUUCAAAACGUCUUCGUGACGGCUUGCUGUCUAUUCCUUACACUUACUUGAAUGGUGAUGCUGAUGCUCGAUUCCCUGGCUGCGUUAAUAUCUCUUUCGCAUACGUUGAGGGCGAGUCACUUUUAAUGGCACUAAAUGAUGUUGCAUUGUCUUCUGGAUCCGCAUGUACCUCAGCAUCCUUGGAGCCUUCAUACGUUCUUCGUUCCAUUGGUCAAAGUGAUGAGAAUGCUCACAGUUCCAUCCGCUUUGGUAUUGGUCGCUUUACCACAGAAGCCGAGAUUGACUACACAGUCAAUCUUGUAAAGCAAAAAAUUGAUUUCUUGCGCGAACUGAGUCCUUUAUGGGAUCUUGUCCAAGAAGGCGUUGAUCUCAGUACGAUUGAGUGGAGCGCCCAUUAAUGAUCUUUCUUGUUUUCUUUUGUCGCCACUUGUGCUCACCCGUUAGUUUUUGGAUUUACUUAUAGAUGUCUGCUUUUAUUCUCUUUUUUUUCUAUGAAAUACUUUUUGUCCAAGAGGAUUAUGAAUACCCGGUUUACUGAGAUGAACAAGAAAAGGAAGACACUGUUGGCGUAGACCAAGCUGCUAUGUCGCAUGAACGACACUUUAGAUCUCAUUAGCAGAACAUUAAAAUUAACCCAGACACGCGUAUUUGACCGAGAUUUUCGUCUUUUCGUUUACAUCAAGGUUUUCAGCGUGCACAAAUUAUCGAUUGCUGUUUUGUUACGUUUCAUUUUCCGCUUGGUAAUACAGGUCAAAGAGCUCUUCCGUGUAUUUAAAGCAUUCUUUCCCCCAAAUGGAAAGGGCACUGGUCUUAUCGCUGCCGUUGUACAUCUCACUGUUGGCAAACACACGGAGGACCUCUCGAUGAAAUUGUUCGAAUGUGAAAAUAACACCGUCUUUUAUUUGGGUCUUGAUUGUUCUAAGAUCUUGGGGAAGGCGAACAAGACUUGCAUAAUCUGGGGCCUCUUUUGGAUUAACGGGAUGACUGAAUGGGGUUCCGGAACGAUGGUUGGAAAUGUUGUCGAUCAUAUUCAUCAUUAUAUUUUGAAGUCGUUUCUGUUUUAGCUCCUGUCUCCGCAACUGUCGUCCGGAGAUUGGAGGUGUCGGUGUAGCCUUCGGCACAGGAGUUUGGGCCUUGCUUUUUGCUGUGGAUAAUGCUACAAUUUUGGUGUCACAUUUAUGAAUUUCAUCAAUCAAUUUUGAAAUGAGACGAGACCUAACUUUGUCCUUCACCGCUGUCGGGCUCGGUUGAUCUUCAGCUUCCUCUAAUUUUGUAUGCAGCGCGUCCUUUACCCUGUCAUAUUGCUCUGCACUUGGUGUCUGUAUGGUGAACGGGUUUUGAGCCAGUUCACUUUUGACUGUGUCUUCUGACCAAUCUGGAUGACUCUGUGUGAUAGUGAUGUAUACAAGUAAAUUUACAUCGUCACAGAGGUCCAUGGAAAUCUCGUAAAUAUUUAUUCGUCAAUUAUUAAUCUUAAAUAUUCGCUUUUGAACCGGCGGAGCGUUGUUGUUUAUAUAUAUGUAUGAUCCAAAAAGCGAGACGUAUAGCCACUGCGUAGCCCCAAGGUCUCGU